UGCCCCAACCUCCACCACUACAUUGCAAAGAUUGAGACACUCACAUAUUAUCUGCAAUUUCACUUUUAAUAAAAAAAAAUGACAAUCAGCUGUUGAAUAGCUUUCUUUAACACUGUGUCUACAUUUAAACCAUUAAGUCUCCAUUCAAACCAGACAAUGGAAGGUAAAGAACGAUGACUGAUGCUCUCCCAUCCCAUACACCUUUCAUCUCUGUACACCUUUCCUCUCUGUACACCCGGAGCACCUGACCACUCAUCAAAAUGGAUGCUUCCCUGAAAUCCCUCACUACUCCCCUAAGAUCAGUUAAAAAUUGUAUUUCUUUUAUGAGCUCUUGUUUACAACGUUUAAACAUUUUUAACUUCUCGCUGAGAGAUCAAUCCAUACAAUGUUCAUGUUAGGUGUGUUAGGUAGCCAUUGUAUUAAUAAUUAGGCUAUCUCUUCAAAAUAUAGCCUAAAUGGUAGGCCCUGGCCUUGUUAUGUAAGUACAAAGUGGGCUAUAAAAUCAUCACCAAAUAGGUUAGUUGUAGGCUACUAUGCUGUAAGAGCACUGCGGUACGAAAUUAUCUGAGUGGAAGUAGUAUUCUGUUGUCUUUGCAUGCUGGGAAACAUGCCUUAAGUUUUAAUGUGUUUUUAAGCUGUAAAUGUGGUGACAGUGCCAAACUAUUGGUGAAUAGGGAAAUACUGAAAUACUAUUCAAUAUACUGCUUGUACAUGCUAUUGUCUUUAGUAGUAAUUUUGUGUAUGGAUAUUGUGGAAAUACAUUUACAUACAUACUAUAAAACAUAAAUUACAUUGAUCCAGUAUCUUGUUCCAGAUCAGUUAAGUUACAAGACCUUCCUGUUGUUUUUAUAUAAAGCAAAGUGAUCAGUUUGGUCCAUGCCAGAUGUUAGAAGGUCAUUCAUUCUACAUAAGAAAAAAAGCUAGACUUUCUCACUAUUAGAAUCGGAGAACUUUCGUUUAAGUUGAAAUGCCUCCUGCGCCUCUACUUGUGCUCACUUCCUGUUUUCAGCGUGGAGAAAGAGGACCUUCUUGAAGCUGGGAAAAUCUACCUACAUGUGUCAACACAGGGAUCAGGGAACCAAAAGCAACCAAGAACAGACGGUCGACCAUGGUGUGAUUUUCAGCUCGCUAACUUUUACAGCUCUUAUCAACAACAGAUUCCCCAACAUUUGAGACCAUCUCUGCAUCCACUUCUACUGUGGGCUCGUUUGGAAGUGGCAAUGCUUGCGGAGGGUUUCUUGAGAGUGAUGUGUUAUAAAGAUGACACAGACUCUGAACCAGUGCCGCCUGGCCGGUCCUCUGCCUCUUCUAGUCACUCUGAGGGACAUUGUAAAGAUGCACAAGCACAGGAAGGUCUUGCUAUGAAAGAGGAAGUGGAGCAGGUGGAUUUGGAGCUGAUUACUGUCCAGAACACGGCUGGUGCUAUAUCUAUCCCUAAACCCACAACCUUCCCCUCCAGCCCUGAGCGUCACCCCAGACCUCUACCUCAGGUACCCUUGCGUCCCUCUGGCUUCUACACCCAGUUUCUAUCCCCCUCGCCCCAAAGAAGAGAACAGCAGACGAACAAAAGAGAUUUCAGAGAGCAGGAUGCUUACAAACCAAGUGAAGAUGCCACUGCGCUCCUCUCAAUAGACCAAAUAGAACAGAGGUUGGAGCCAAUUGCCCACGACAAUGGUUACCUUGUGAUGGACAGCAGCAUCACCCUCCAGGGUGGUGAGCCUUUGACCAAUUCCAUGCUGAACGGAUACCUGGAGAGCAAGCUGAUGGAAGUAUACACUCAGUACCUUCAUGAGAGGCUCGUGCAGCCAGGCACAUCCCCUGGAUGGAGCCUCCUGACCCCACUUGUGCCUCCAGGAUAUGUAGUUCAGCGGCUCAGUCAGCAGGUGGCGCUGGAGCAGGGCCUGGAGGUAGAUGAGGCUUGUAGCAUGGUGCUCAGCUAUAUGCACACCCAUGGAGGGGACAGCAGGGCGGUCAGCUCACAUUUCAGCUCCCCAGUCCUACGGAUCUCAAAGCCUGAGUAGGAGAGAUCCAUACGAAACCCACAUAUGUGAUGCCAUGGUAACCUCAUUUCAAAUCACAGAGAAACUCCACAGUUAGAAUUGUCCCUGUCUGUCAUAAUUCAUAACUCAACUCUGUCAUCUGGCUUCUUCCUGCACCUUGUAUGCUAUCAGUUGUGUACAGUUUUAUGUCACAGAUGCUUUAAAAGAUCUUGAGUAUUUGGUGGACUUUGGCAUUACAAUGCAAGUUCCAGAUGUUGAAUGAAUUUGCCCAAUAUUGACUAUAAUUUCAGUGUUGGUGUGCAAUAAAGAUUGGUGUGAAACAAAUAUUAAUAUUUUUAUUUAGAUGUCUUUUCUUCAUUCUAUUUACAUUUAAGGAAGUCAAUCAACUGAUUUUAAGCAUCAUAAUCAUGGGUCAUAAAUGAGAGCCCCUAGAGCCGUAGUGUUGUCUAGUGUUCCGAGAGCGGCGGCCAUAUGGGAUGGAUUUGAACUGUGACCUCUACAAAAAACAGUGGGCAGUCUGUGUUGCGGUAAUAGUUCAUAUUUCUCCCAUUGCACACUUCUGAUGUGAAGCUAGUUCUGAUGUUUUGGGCUGUAUUGGUGGUUGGGUGUAGAUAUACAGACUCAUCUUGGAAUUAAUUAUACAGACAUUGGAGAAUUCCAGAACUUCAGAAUCACUUCCAAAAAGUCUUCUAGAAAUACCCAGGUAAUUUUUCAAAUAUUUCUAACCAUAAUUGUAUUGUGUAAAUGUGAAGUUAAAUGUCUGAUGCUCAAUUUCAACAUACCGUAAUUUUCCGACUGUUUAAACAUUGAUUUUGCUAAAUAUGCCAGGCAAACCAUGAAUGGGUCUAUCUCUCUCCCUCCCUCUUUCACAUACGAAUCCUAUUAAUGUAUCAGGUAAAAACAACAUCAGAUAGAUAACACAUUUUUGUUCACACUCAGUCACAUUUAGUCUUCCAUAAUGAUCAAGUAACAGGUGUAGAAACCAAAGGGUUUUUACCUAUUGUAGCUUUUAAACUAUCCUUGCUAUAUUUAGCUUAGGGAAUCAAGUUAAGAGUUGGCAGCUGCUAGUGUGUGAUGAACUCAUGUU